GAAAGCUAAACCAUCAAAUUGCGGAAACACCCACAAAUGAUAAAACAAUUUUAAUAUAUAUGCAAUUUUUCUUCGAAGAUUCGGCCGACUGGAUUUUACAUUAUUGCGCUUCUGAUGAGAUUUAUGUGGGUGAUUCACGGUCAUUGUGUGUGUGCAUAUAUAGUUGUGGACUAGGGAUUUAUUUUAGAUUUCCACUGUAGGAAAUGUAUACCAAUGGGUUGACGAUAUCUGCGUUGGCUUACUGCUUAGUCGUCACCUUGUGGUGAUGGUGUGUUUGCUGGACACAGGUGCUUUACAUAGUUUGACAAUAUUGUGAGAAGGCUGCCUGUAAAAUGUGUUUCGCAAAAAGUGACAUGUACAUGCAUUCACAUUUCUGAACUUGUAAAACGUUUAUUUUAGAAUUUGAUUUAAAAAGGAGUUUUAAACCUAGCUUUCACUGCAUUCUGUAAUGAGGAUUUUAUCAGAGCGUUUGUAAGUCUGUAGACAUGGACUGGUAAAACCUGAGCUUUCUGAUUUACGUAUACCUGUUACAUAAUUUUGUGCAGCCGAUUUGGAGAUGUUUUCAUGAUCAACAUGUGACUGCUGUACCAGGGUUGAUAUAUUGUUGUCUUGGCAUAUGAUAUACGGAAAUACAACCCGCACUCGCUCCUGUUGUAAAGUUUUUAGGGAUUACUAUAGAUAUUCAGGAUACCAUUUUGAUGUGUUGCCUAACGUUGAAAGGAAGAAGAGAUUUUUUUUAUUUAUUAUUUAAUUUUGUCGUUAGAGGAAGAUGACAUUGAAAUAUUCUUCAUUGUAUGCUCUUUAAUAGAAUUUCACCUAUUCAAAAACUCAGUCACUGCAAUUAAUAUGGUUGGUUAGUUUUAAAUGUCAUAGUUGAACAUGUAGGAUUUUAUUUUUAAUGCGAGGAGCAAAAUAGCUAUUUACCUUGUGUAUAUGAAAUCUGUCACUAUGUACAUGUGUCGUGCUGUGAUUAUAACACACAUUUAUUAAGUCUGGAAACCUUAAUUGAAGUAAUUAUUUCAUUGUGGAUUUAAUCCCAAGUGUGUCUGCUGUCGUCACGUUUUGUCUGAGUAGGGAAUGAUUCAAGGUGAUAAUUUCACUGGGACUUCAUCUUUGUAGAAUCAAGUGACUGUUUCACACUCUAAGUGAUGAAAACUCGGCCUGAAAUCAAGAGACAGCUUUGAAUUACUUCCUUGUGUGCUCAUGUCCUCAUGAUUUGAAGAAAUGCUGUCGGAAAGUUGUCAAAUUUUAAUUUAUGUAGUGGAGAUCACUUGCCUUCACUGUUUUGAACAGCAUUUUAAGCUUUUACUUGGGAAAAAUUGAAGAAACUGAACAGAAUUAAUGAAGACUUGGAUUUAAGUUUGUAUUUCAAAUUUUGACUGUUUAUCUCAUGUGACAAAUACCAUUAAAUGUUUCAUAUGUGAUAAAUCUUCAAUAAGUGAAUUUACAUUUGUGUUUCAAGGUUUGUGCUAUUACGCAUAUAUGAGAAAUAACAUUUGAUAUAAUUUUCAAUCAUGUUUCCCUUGAUGGGAAAUAAGCUGAAGCGGUCAGCCUCUGGCGGACUCAUAAACAAUAAUAAUGGUAGCUACAAUGAUAGUCUACCAGGACUGGGCACUGAUGAUGAUUACAUGUCCAAUGUCACACAGAACAUGAGGACCAUGGUCCUAAACACCAAAAUUCUAGGGGCCUGUCUUCUGAUGGGGGACAAGAAGGAGGACAUGGCUUCAGGCAGGAAGGAUGUCUGUGACGGCAUUGACCUGAAAUGGAUGUACGACUCGGAUGACUCAGACGACAAUGAAUGGAAGCGCCGAGGUUCUAAAGUACAUCGUCGGGUUGGACAGUCGGGCUCUAUAGCCAUAGACUCACCAGUUCACGGCUCCGCUCCUGUCAAGGACCUCAGUCACGAGGUAUCAUUCCGUGGCCGGCUACGCAAGAUCAUCAUCAGGAACUCAAAGGCCAGAUUAAUAGGUACAAUAUUUGACAUCACAAUAAAGAGCGUGAUGUGUUUACUCUACAUCCUCCGAGUUCAACUUGACAACCACACUACAUACCAUUGUGGGGGUGAGGCAUGUUUAAACAAUUCACUACCUGAUGUCAACCCUUCAAAUACAGAGGAUGGUAUGGUACACUCUUCCGCGGCCAUCAACUGGCAUGUGUUGCUGUGGGUACACCGCCCCCUACCCCUGUGGAUUGUACAGGUAGUACUCUCCAUGGCCACUUUUGUAAAGGCCUUGAUUUUCAUUUUUAUAGCAAAGGGAAACCAGUCCAGAUUUGACACUAUGCUCCAGUCUAGGUUUAUCCUGGAAUUUUUUUGCUCGGCACCUCUCAUUUUCACGGUGUGCUAUCCACUGCUGUUCAGAAACCUGUUUGUACCCUCCUUCCUCAACUGUUGGCUGGCUAGGUUUGCCCUGGAAAAGUUGUUUAAUGACCUUCACAUCACCAAACAGAGGUUCCAGGAAAUCUCUGUGACUUUGUCACAACAGCUGUUUAUCCUCGUCGUCACACUCUUUUGUCUUAUCUUCACCACGGUGUGUGGAGUCCAGCACAUACAGAGAUCCAGUCUGGAAUCCCCUCUCACCAUGUUUGAGUCGUUUUACUUCACCAUCGUCACCUUUUCCACCGUCGGUUACGGAGACAUCUCCCCAGAUAUCUGGCUCGGUCAGGUGUUCAUGGUCCUGAUGAUUUGUAUAGCCUUCGCUUUCAUCCCACGUCAGGUAGAGGUAAUUGGCUCCACCUGGAUGGAAAGACAACGAGCCGGAGGUGUGUACAGUCGUCGUGAGGCGGAAGGCAACAAACAUGUGAUUGUGUGUUGUCAGCAGUUCUCCUCCGAGGCCGUCAUGGAUUUCCUCACUGAAUUUUAUGCUCAUCCUAAACUUGAGGAGCACACGGUAAUACUGCUCGGGUCUAACGAGUUGGGCAGUAGUAUGCAGAUGAUCAUACGUGACCCCAAAUGGGCUAACAGAGUCAUCUAUAUGAGGGGGUCAGCUCUCAAGGACAUUGACCUCAAACGGUGCAGGAUAAACAAGGCGGAGGCAUGUUUUGUUUUGCCGCCUGGUAACUGUACAGACAAGGACAAAGCGGAUAAGCAUACUAUUUUGCGCUCCUGGGCUGUGAAGGAUUUCGCCCCGAAGUGUCAGCAGUACAUUCAGCUGUUUAGGGUUGAGAAUAAGAUGCACGUGAGAUUUGCAGAACAUGUGGUCUGUGAAGACGAGUUUAAGUAUGUCCUACUGGCCAACAACUGUCUGUACCCCGGCCUGUCUACACUGGUGUCACUGUUGAUGCAUACUUCCACAGGAUAUGAGGGCUCCUUAGCAACAGAAACGUGGCAGCAGAUUUAUGGUCAACACUCAGGAAAUGAAAUAUACCACAUCCAGCUUGGUAAGAGUACCUUCUUCAGUCAAUACGAAGGCAAGAAGUUCACUGAGGCAUCAGCCGACGCUCAUAAACGGUAUGGUGUUACGUUACUAGGGAUCCUAGAUGUGGAGAAUGUGACGGGGGAGCCUCGGCUACAGCUCAACCCAGGCAUGCACUGUUACCUCAAGAAAACAGACUUCUGUUUCUACAUGAGCAUAACAAAGGAGGAAUACUCUAAAAUCAAAACUCAGGAUGAUAGUAAGGAGAAGACGAAGACUGAGAGAGAAAAGAAAUAUGAACAUGUGGUCUGUGAGGAUGAGUUUAAGUAUGCCCUACUGGCCAACAACUGUCUGUACCCAGGCCUGUCUACACUGGUGUCACUGUUGAUGCAUACUUCCACAGGAUAUGAGGGCUCCUUAGCAACAGAAACGUGGCAGCAGAUUUAUGGUCAACACUCAGGAAAUGAAAUAUACCACAUCCAGCUUGGUAAGAGUACCUUCUUCAGUCAAUACGAAGGCAAGAAGUUCACUGAGGCAUCAGCCGACGCUCAUAAACGGUAUGGUGUUACGUUACUAGGGAUCCUAGAUGUGGAGAAUGUGACGGGGGAGCCUCGGCUACAGCUCAACCCAGGCAUGCACUGUUACCUCAAGAAAACAGACUUCUGUUUCUACAUGAGCAUAACAAAGGAGGAAUACUCUAAAAUCAAAACUCAGGAUGAUAGUAAGGAGAAGACGAAGACUGAGAGAGAAAAGAAAUAUGCUAUGAUGGCAUCAGAGCUCCAGAGAUUUAUAGAAGCCCAUGGCGACGAUGAGGAAUCAGAUGGCGAGGAGAGUGUAUUCAACACACUUAGCUCCCAGGCUGGGUUAGAACUCAAAAAGCAGCUCCUGUUAGAUGUGCCAGGGGAGCCUACUCCGGACAACAUCAACCUCCUCAGCCACAAUGCUGAUGUGACAGACGCAAGUGCCAACAUCAAACUUCAGCAGAUGAUGGACGACAUUGGACAAAAUGAAGUUAUUACUGGUUCACCACCUGUAACACUGUACGCGGGCACAAAAAACACACGCUGCUACCUUGUCAAGAAGGAGCGACCACUUUGCUGUCUGAGGUGGGGAGAGGAUUGUGAGCACUGUAACUUCAAGAAUGCCAAUGAACAGCGAUGGCAGGGGCGCCUCAUUAUCCUGUCUACAGAGAGGCCACAUUCUGGUAUCUACAACUUCAUCGUACCUCUGAGGUCACAGUUUAUCAACAUAGUCUCCCUCAGUCCUAUAAUACUACUGCUGGAGAUGGAACCGGACAGCUUAUUUCUGGAGACCAUCGCCAUGUUCCCCAUGGUCUAUUGGAUGAAAGGUUCACUCAAUGUGGAUGACCUACUGAUGGCCGGAAUACAAAAGUCCAGUCACCUUGUGGUCACUAAUCGUGAGUGUAAGGACGCUGUGGAGACAGAGAAUGUUCUGGUCGACUCAGAGACCAUCGUCGCUGUACAGACUGUCUACAAACUUUUCCCGAAUGCAAAUAUCAUCACUGAACUGGACAAAGCGUCCAACAUGCGGUUCAUGCAAUUUCAGGCACAUGAUCACUAUGCACAGAAAAUCUCCAAACUUGAGAAGAAACUAAAGGAACACAUGAGGACAACUUUGACCCAUAUUUUCCGUCUCCCCUUUGCUGCGGGCCGCGUUUUCAGUGGGAGUAUGUUGGACACACUUCUCUAUCAGACAUUUGUAAAAGGAUACCUGAUCAAGUUUGUGCGGCUGUUGCUCGGGAUUGAUGCUGAAAUGAAUUCUGGUCACCUGUCUAGUAUCAAAGUGAAGCGCCCAGUUCUUGCCAAGUAUAGGACAUAUGGAGAUUUAUACCAGGGCUUGUGUUCAAUGACGGGGGAAGUCCCUGUCGCUAUUUAUAGAACUGAGAAAAGGAAACUUGUAGAUGACCAAGAGGAUGAUAAUCCAGAGAAUAACAACAAGUCAGCGGAACAGAAAGGCCAGACACGGAGAACAUCAACGACCAAGAAGAUGUCUCUCAACAUCAAACAGUUCUACGAGAAGUCGGAGAAGGAUGACGUUUCAGAUCUGGUCAGGAACAGGAUGAAAUCUCUAGAGAUGGAUACUCUGAGCUUUAGUGAGCAUGACGAGACGGAUACACCUGUAUCCUAUGUUAUCCUCAAUCCUCACCCACAGAGGAAGCUGAGGAAGGGAGAUUUGGUGUAUGUUAUACAACCAAGCUCCAUGUUCGCCAUUCCCUCCAAGGUGUACAAAUCGAAAGGUCGCCGAAGAGCAAUGUCGUACAAGACUUCCAGUACGGUCGAAUUAACUAAGCAUGCCCAGUAUCGUUCAAGAAGCCACUCUGUUGACGAUGGAAUCAGUUGUGCAACAGCGUUAGGGUCAGAACUGGUGGGUAAUCUACGCGAUAGUUUAGGGGAUGGACAAGGACGCGAGUCAGCGCCAAUACUUGGCAUCGGGCAAGGAAAUGAAAACGUCAGUGCAGUGCCACAGAUUGUAGUCACAAAGGCCAAGACAGGGAAAGUGUUCACCACUGAACCAACACCAGAAUUGGCAAUGCUUUAAUUAAGCAUUCAAGAUUUAUUGAAUCUGUUGGUAUUCGUGAUUGAAUUUGAGAUUCUUCAAAAUUCAUUAUACAGACACCAAUGACAGAUUAAUCCCACGUUUUACCUUGUAAAAUUCCACUGUAUGAAUUGCCUUAGGUUGAUAAAUGAGUGGAAUGAUGUCAUAAUACAACCAGACUGAAGUAUUUUGGGAAAUAUACUUUUACAACAGUGACUAAAGUGCAGGUAUGUGGAUAAUCCUCACUACUUUAACUCAGUCACCCCUACAUAUUUAAAAUGGACUUGCCGAGUCCUUGAUUUUGUAAUGUUCAAAUGUGACUUCAGGGGUAUAAAUGGGUUAAAUUGUCCAUCUAAAUACACAGCAUACGAUAUAACAUUCUGUGUGUGAAUAGUGAUACACAGAUUUGUGUUACAUUUGCUGUAUCACUGUUGUAAGAUGGUAAAGCCCUGUAAUAAAGCUGUUAUGAACUUAAACUCAUGAACCCCUACAUAUUUAAACUGGACUUGCCCAGUCUUGGAUUUAGUAAGGUUCAAAUGUGACUUUAGGGGUGAAGGGUUAAAGACACAGAUGUAAUCCUGAUAUGGUCAUCUAAGGGACAUCACGAAAAUUUAUAAGGAAUCAAAACUCCCAAAAUCUAUUAUUCAUCAAGAUUUGUAUCAUAAGUUUCAAUGUUGUAGGAAAACAGUUUACCAGACACUAUAUAGGGUUUUAUUUGUACUGCUCUGAUAAAGUGUUACUGAGUGUAAUGGCACUGUAGAGCACAUUCAGUAUUGUACUAGCCUAUUAGCAAGGUUGUAGGUCAUUUCUCUAGGCAACAGGAUGUGGUUGUCUCCUUGAGCAAGGUAUUUGACUAGAUCUUUUUGUUCAAUUUCAUUUAUGUGGAGUGUAGCAUGUUACAGUCUGGGUUGGGUGUUACGGUUUUCUGUGCUGUAUGUACAUUAUCAAAGGAAUAUUAGACGUUUCUGUCUAUUAAGUGCUUUAGAAUAAUUUUCAUAAAUAAAGCUUAGAGUACUAUAUAAAUAUUGUAUGAUUAAUAUAAUAAAAAUAUGUCCAUGAACUUUUUUAACGAAGUUGCUGAAAAACCUAAAAUUUGAAGUUUGAUUCAGACACGUUUAUGUUUAUAUUUGUAGCUCAAGUUUAUUGCUGGUUGUAAAUUAGAUAUCUGGUGGGAUCAAAGAAAUUAUGUGCAUCAUUUUCACAUUCAGAUGCUUUAGAAUCAAUGGCUGCCUCCAAUUAAUUUUUGCAUUAAAACAUCCAAUCAAUGUGCUAGGAGUAGAACAUCCAUUAUAUCAGUUUUCCUACAUCUCAAAUGGAUAAUAUUUGGUUUAGAUUAUUACAUUAAGUUCUAUUUUUAUUGACAUCAAUUCAGUGAAGUGUAUUUUUGUGUCCUCUACGGACAGCAAAUUACUGGCUUAGUUGUUAACCAUUAUUUAAGAAACAGUUGAUCAUCCUCUGUACUUUUUGUAUUACAAUAUCACAAAAAAAUGAUCAUUUUGAGAACUAUGCAAUAGUGAAAGUUUCAUUUUUAUUGAUACAUGUGUGCUUUGAAUAUAUAUACCUCGGUCAGUUUGAAUAGGCGGAUAGUUCGAACAUAUAUAAAUGUACAGUUAUCUACAAUUUGUGAAGUCAAUACACUCAAGAGAUUAAUAUUUUGGACAGGUGGUUGUAUGGUACAUUUUAUAUUUUAUCUCAUAUACAUGUAGAUCUAUAGUAAUAGGCAUAAUACUCAAACCACUGUUAUUUUAUAUCAUCAUGUGUAUAAAUGUUUAUAUAGUAAUGUGUUAUUAUAUAUAUAAUUAGUAGAUCUGGCCGGAAGGGCCAAGGGAGGGGAGGUUGUUGCAUUUCUAAUUUUUGAUACUAAGAUUUCAUUUAAAAUCAAAUGAUGUUGUAUUUUGAAAGUUUUUAAAAAUUCUGUUCAUAUGUUAAUGUUUGAUUAUUCAUUCCAUAUUAUAAUUUAUGUCCAUGAAAAAAUACCUGUAUUAUUGUCACACAAAGAAAAUUUAAUACUACUGCCAAUAUUGCCUACUGUACAUAUAAAACAAGUAUAUAACUAUCAUCUAUGUUUGUAUAUUUCUGUAAUAUGUAUGUAAUUAUGCAUUUCAAACUGACAUUUUCUUGUUAACUUCAUAUGAAGUAUUUUUUAAUCUAUGUGAAAUUGUACUAGAAGUUACUGAAUACCGGAUAAUUUGCGCUGCAGUUAAAUUUUCACCGUUUUCGCCCUCUGUUAAUAAAGCAAAUUGAUUGUUACAGGGAAUUUAAGUAAACAGCAGGAUAAACAUAGCAAUUUAAUGUGAAGGCCGAAAUUAAAACUGGACGAAUAUGGAUUUUAACGGCGAAGGGCAAAAAAUAACUGGGCAAAAAAUUCACAGUAUACAGUAUGUUUUAUAACUUUCCAUCAUUUUUUUUCAAAAUUUCAGAUUCAAGUUUUUGCAUCAAAAAUUAUGACAGU